UGUGAGUGUGUGUGUGUCAGUAUGUGCGGCGUGUGCAGACCUGCAGCCAGCAGAGCAGAUAAAAGCCAACCCUCCGGCAGGCUGCGUUAGUUUGCUUCCUCGGACACGGAUCGGAGUUUUUAGGAUUCACACACACACACACACACACACACACACGACAUGAAGAGCGGCUGGGUUUCUCUCUUCGGACUCCUCGCGGCGCUCUGCGUCGCCCGGGCGACCUACACACACUUCACGCCAGUUCGUUGUGACUGCAACGGGAGAUCUCGGUACUGCCUCCGUGACGCCGUGGGCCUGCACUGUGUCGACUGCCAGGGAAACACCGAAGGCCGCCACUGCGAGCGCUGCAAGGCCGGCUUCCACCUGACGGGGGCGCCACCCAGCUGCACGCCCUGUCUCUGCAACCCAACUGGCUCUGUCGCUGCCACCUGUGACAGCAGGGGGCGCUGCAGCUGUAAAGAAGGCGUCACCGGAGAGAAAUGCGACCGCUGCCCCGACGGACCGAUGGGACCGGACGGCUGCUCACAGAGGCGCCAGACCAGAGAGGAUUCUGGGAGUCAGCCCUGUUUCUGUUACGGUCACAGCAGCCAGUGUUCGGCGCAGUCCGGCUACUCCGUCCACAGCAUCACCUCCACCUUCACCCACGGUCCGGACGGCUGGAAGGCGGCGACCGAUCAGGGCGUUACCCCCGACGACGUCCACUUCCGCUGGUCACCGAGCCACCAGGACCUGGAGGUGGUCUCCAAAAACAGCCUGCCGGUCUACCUGUACGCUCCAGCUCCGUUCCUGGGAAACCAGCUGCUGAGUUUGGGUCAGAACCUGUCGUUCUCCCUGCGUCUGGACCGCGGCGUGCGUCACCCGUCCACCAGUGACGUGGUCCUGGAGGGCGGUGGUCUCCGGGCGUCCUCCUCGCUGGGGGAGCUGCGCUCCGUCGUCCCCUGUGGACAGAAGAUCCGCUACAGCUUCAGACUGGACGGGGGUCCCGGGAGCCGGUGGAGGCCUCAGCUUUCCACCACCCAGUUCCAGACACUUCUCCAGAAUCUCACCGCCAUCAAGAUCCGGGCAACGUUUGGCCAAGAUGGACGUGGUUACCUUGACAACGUGCAGCUGGUGUCUGCCCGGCGGGGGGGCGACGGCCCCCCAGCAGACUGGGUCCAGACCUGCCGCUGCCCCCCAGGGUACGAGGGCGCCUGGUGCGAGCGGUGCUCGGCGGGCUUCAGGCGACGGCUUCCGUCCAACGGCGCCUUCAGCGGCUGCGAGCGCUGCAGCUGCAGCGGAGGAAGCUGCGACCCGCAGACCGGGGACUGUUACUCCGGAGACGAGACGCCCGGGGAGCUCGGCUGUCCCCACGGGUCCUACCGCGACCCCUGGGGGCCGCUCGGCUGCGUCAGGUGUCCCUGUCCCGAAGGACAGUCCUGCUCCCUGGCCCCCGGCUCGCUGGAACCACAGUGUGACCGCUGCCCGACCGGAACCACCGGUCCUCGCUGUGACGUGUGUCAGGAGGGUUUCUAUGGCAACCCAACAGGAAGCGGCGGCGUGCAGCGGCCCUGCCGGCCCUGCCUCUGUAACGGCCACAUCGACGUCGGCGUGGCGGGAAGCUGCGACCGGCGCAGCGGGGAAUGUCUCCGGUGUCAGAACAACACCGCGGGACGCAGCUGCGAGGCGUGCACGCCCGGAUUCUACCACGGGCACGCCGCCGACGCCUGCAAACCAUGCAGCUGUGACGUUCUGGGCUCUGAGUCCAGACAGUGUGACGAUGCGGGUCGCUGCCGGUGCAGACCAGGCUUUGAGGGUCUCAAGUGCCAGAGGUCCAACUGUCCCGCCUGUUUCAGCCCCAUCAAGAAAAAGAUGGAGUCGUACGCUGCCAAACUGAAGGAGCUGGAGAUUCUGUUCUCCGACAUGGACGGAGGUUUGAAACCAGCCAACAGCGCUGAGAUGGAGGCGGCUCUGAGAGCAGCCGAGGAGAUGGUUGACGACCUGCAGUAUGAGACCGAGCUGCUCACAGGAUCGGAGAAGAACCUGCAGAGCCGCCUGGCCUCUAUCAGCAGGAGUCAGCUGGCCGAGGAGCUGGACAUCCAGAACAUCGCCGACACAGCGGACGCCAUCAAACGCCGACAGAAGACAUACAAGGCGAAGGUGGCGGCGGUUCAGAGUCUGAUGGAGGAGAUGAGAAGGGAACUAAGCAACGCCAGGGAACAGCUCAGAUUAAUCGAGAUUCCUCUCGGAGACGCCCCGCUGAGUUCCAACCUGCUGUCCUCUCUGGUGCAGACAGCUACCAGUCUGGCUGAUAAACAUGAAACGACGGCAGACGCCGUGGAGCGAAGCGCCAACGACGCUCUGAGGGACUCCCAGAAGAGCCUGGACCUGGUCCGAACCCUCAUGAACAAAGAGAACAAAGUCAAAGAGCUGAUCGGAGAUCUGAAAACCAUGUACGAUAAGCACUCCGCCCAGGUGAAGGGGCUGGAGAACCAGGCCACCCGGCUGAGCACCGAGGCCGGGGACGAGAGCAAGAUGGCCGACGGCAUGCUGAAAGACAUCGCCAACAUGGAGCGGAGCAUCCCGUCCUCCCUGAAGGGGCAGGUGGACGCCAUGGUGUCCAAGUUGGAGGACGUGAAGAAGUCGGUGGACGCGGACAUCUCUGGCAUCGCGGCGCUGCAGGACGCCGUGCAGCGAGACAAGGCGGCCACCGAGGACCUGCUGGCCAAGGGCAAGACCGCCCAGAAGGAGUUUGACAAACUGUCCGACAGAGUGGACGUCGCCAAGCUGGAGACGGAGGACGCUCUCAGACGCAUCAACAGCAACACGAACGAGCUGGAUGACGCCCUCAACAACCUGAGAGGCUUCGACCAGCAGAUCGACGGCGGUAAAGCUCUGGCCGAUGCCGCCAUCCGGCGUCUCCCGGGCAUCAGCAGCGUGAUCCAGCAGGCCGUGGACAGCAACGCGGAGACCGUCUCCGUCCUGGGAACCGUGUCCGGAAACUACGACGCCGCGCUGGGAACCAUCAACGUGCUGGAGAACCUGCUCACUGGUCUGGAGGGAGCCGUUGGAUCUCUGCCGUCUCCUGCCGAUCUGCUGAAGGAAGCCACCAAACUGAACCGGGACACCAAGGACCUGAAGACGGCGGCAGCGGACACGGCUGCAGACCUGGUCUCAGAGCUGGACGCUGGACGGACGCUGGAGGCCGACGCCCAGCAGGCGGCUGCUGGAGCGACCGGAGCUUUCAACAACGCCAAGCAGACCAGAGACGCUGUGGGGAAAACACUGCGAGACAUCAGCAGUCUGCUGGCUAACAUGAACCAGAGCGGCGGUGCGGUGGACGAGAAGCAGCUGAAGCGGCUGGAGGACUCGGUGUCCGGCGCUCAGAGGGACGUGGAGGGCCGUCUGAGGCCCCGGCUCCGGGACAUGGAGGCGCAGGAGGCGGCCCACCGCCGCCGGCUGGCCAACAUAGACCAGGACAUCUCCAUGAUCCUGGGAGACAUCGCCAACCUAGAAGACAUCCUGCUCGCCAUCCCCAACGGCUGCUUCAACACCCCCCCCAUCGAGGAGGCCUGAGGGCCGCCCAGGGUCCCGGUCCAACAAAACAAGAACCAGUACGAUGGGGCAUCCAGAACAUGUCCAAUAGGGUUCAAGUUGUACAGCUCAACAGGGACCGCCCACUACUUUAACCCUCAUGUUGUCUUCAUGUUGUCCUCAUGUUGUCUUCAUGUUGU